CCCCGCCUCCCGCAGCCGGCGCCAAUGUGGCAGGGUGUUCCUCGCCGGUCACGGGCCUGAGUUCGAGGGGGCGGCAGGGCGGGCCAGGGAGGGGGCGGCGCGACCGGGUGCCGCCGACUGCCUCGGUCGUCCUCAACCAGCAGGGAGGGGGUUGCGGCUGGAGGCCACGGGUGCGGCGCUCGUCGGGCUGCGUUGGAGGAAGGCGGGAGGAGCCGAGGGUUUUAGUUGAUCGACCUCGCGGGAGCGUUCCUUGGCUUCGGUUUCUGGGUGGAUGUGGGUACAUAAUGGAGGCAGGGGGGUUGCGAGCUGUGGAGGCUGCAGAGUGGGUUGCUAAUUAUUGUAACCCCCGAAUGGAUUGCCUCCUGCUGCAUCAGCGCCUAGGCUCCUACGGUCCUACUCCAUGAAAUGAGUUCUUCAACAGGAUUGAUUAGGCCAUGGAUGUCAACUAGCAUGUGGUUUUGGUAUUUUGGCCCUUUCUCUCUCACUCAUGCAGUGCAUAUCCAUCAUGCCUAGGCUCUUCUGCCAGGUUGCUCGCACCAUUAGCCUUUUCAUAGCUUAUUUUACUGCUGCUGCUUGUGGUUUGGGUAGGCUCACGAACUUCUAGCCUCUUUAAUUCACUACUACAGUCAGGCAGAUGAAUACGAAAGAUGCUGCUGCAAUGAUAAUUAGUUGAAGUCAAUUUUCUCUCCCUCCUCUGUAACAACGCCUGCUGUAUAUGCCUCUGAUGAUCUUCAUUCACUGAGCUGUCAAUUUAAUCUCACAACUUUGGAUCGUUAGUGUGUAACUCUGAAUUAUUAAUGAAGCUUCUUUUUCCUCCUUUGUAUUUGGUUUGAGGUUGCAUCUGCAUUGACCAUUAUAUUCAGGGGCAAUGAGGAUGGUAAGUAAUAAACUACUAGUCUACUAAUCAUCAUUUUUGUCUAUAUGUUCUGCCAUUUCUCAAUCAUGCGUGCAUGCCUUCUGUUUGUGUAUGCCGUUGAUCUUGUGGUCUCCUUACAGGCUGCCUGCCCUGCAUUGUCAACGACAUGCUGCAGCAGUUUGCUGUUACUUUGAUAGAGCUAGCAGGAAGCAUGUUGUCAAAAAUAUCGGAGGUUACCAGAUCUCUGAUCAGUAAUCCUGUUUGUCUCAUUGCAUUCAUUAUCUUUCUGUGGGGGUAGCAGAAGAUUGAAUGCAUGUCUGUCCAAUACAUCCCUUCAUAUAAAUUUGAUUGGAAUGUGAUUUGCAUUGAUGCGCGGAUGAAAGAUCAUGGAAAAAAAAUUGAACAACUGGGGAAUGCAACGUAGCUUUGCAUUCUAGGAGGGUGCCACUGAGAUAAAGCCCGAUGGCAAGUAAGCCGGCCCCAUGGCUUACUGCUAGCUCAACUUGCAUACAGCAAGGGGUGAGCAAGCAUUAUAGCUCACCAUAUGCCAUGGGGACACGAACACUCAUAUUUGAGAUGACAAGGAGGCCCAGCUCCAGCAUUAGGAGGCACUGUACAAUUCCAAGGGAUGUUGCCCAACCCCUGCCUUUUCUGUAGGACGGGCAAACUGUCAUCUUGCACUUUGGGUGACCACCCGGUUGAUGAUUGUGUUCUAACUUCUAAGUAACACUAUAUGCUCGUGCAAUUUCUUGGUAGCUACAUAGCAAAAUCGUUUUCUUUUUGUAAUGUGUCAUACUAUUACAAGUGGUUUAGUUAGACAUAGGAUCUGUUUGAAAACUUAUUAUUCCUUUCAUUAAUAUAACCUGUGACCAUAACAUAGUUACCGAAUUACUUUGAAGAUAUGAUGUAUUUUUCAAUUACUUUGAAGAUAUGAUGUCUUUUUCAGUAACUUAUUUAUUGCUUAUGUUCAGGAUUUGGUACUGCUAAUAAAUGGAUCCUUCUCAAGCUCUAUCAGUUGGUGGAUUAACUCAACUUGAGGUAAUUGGACAAAGAUCUAUAAUGAUUUUUGAUCCUACACCCUUGCCAAUGAGUGAGCCAUCAAAACUGUUUUACUACCGUGGAGCUGUUAGAUCGGGGAAUUUGGAUAAUCAAUUGAGGGCUUGCAAUGCAACCAUUUUCAAACUUAAUGAAGAAGAGCAUGCUCCUGAAUUGUAUGCUAAUCUUACUCAAGUUGAUCAUCCAUGUGUGAUAAAAGCUCUAGGAUUUGCUAAUAGAGUUGAGGAGGACAUCAACUGUUCAUAUUUGGCACUUACUCCAUUUAAUACAACAUUCGAUGCUUACACUAAAAAAGACACUGGAGCUGAUCAAAAUGGAAGAUUAACCGAGGAUUUCAUUACCUUGAUCAAUGAUAUCAUCGAUGGUUUAGAAGAAUUACACAGUUUGGGAUACUACUGUCCAGAUCUUAAAUGUAAUUGUGUUGCGGUUAUUAGGCAGUCUGGCUCGAUAAGUGCGAAAAUAUGGAAGUUUGAUAGAUGCGAUCCAGGAAUGGAAGAGGAGCAAAAGAAUGGUGAUUGGUUGAGGCUUGGGCAACUGAUUAAUUCAGUAUCAGCCAAUAAGGAGGUGUUGAAUCUUGUGAGGAAGAUAGGAAAUGGCAGGCUAAAAGGAAAAUCCAUUAUGAAGGAGACUGCAUUAUUGACUGUGAGGAAAAAGUUUGACAAUGUUCUCGCUUUCUACCUCCAUAUAUCUGUACAUUGUCAGAAAAAGCCAAAUCAAAGUCAACAAGAAUGACAAUGACUUGAAUGUAUCUAAGCUAUGUGCAGCUAAUCUGGAGGAUGAUUUGGAUAGGAGAUUGCAUUGGACAACGCCUGGAUGGACGCAAGGGCUAGGACGUGGUGUACCAAUUUCAACAAAAACAUUAAGAGGAUUUGUAAAUCAGAUAAGGAUUUUUAUUGAGCAUGAGAUUUUUUAUAUUCCUGAGGAGAUGACCCGCAGUUUGACUUUCAAAGAGCUAUCGGACGGCAAGAAAAAGCAGGAUCUCGAGCAUCAGCUUCAAGGUGAAUGUUGUGGAAAGAUAUUUCGAGCUGUGCAGAAGCUUGUGGCAGAAUUGAAACUAGAAUACUGAAUAUUGCCAAGACUUAUGUUGGAGAACUGGAGGAAAGAGGUUCACAGGAUGAUUUUUGGCUCUGAUCCCUAAGCCGGCAGCUGAUGUGAUUGAAACAUGAUUUUAAUCUUUUUUGUUGCUUUCUAUUCAAGUUAGACCUUUUGUUUUGUUUUUGCAAACAAGUAAGAGCAUUGCGAGCUUUAUUGUGUUUUGAUAUUUUGAUCAUAUAUAGGAUAGGUUAUUGAACCUUUAGUAUCUGCUCUUAGAAGUGAUCAAAGGAGGCAUUUCCCUUGCUAUCUGUUCGUGAUUCAGCAGAGGCCAUGUAAAAUUGCACAAUCACUGGGAUUUACGGACAUCUUAUGUUUUGUUGAUGGAUUAUGGUUUUUGGGUGGUA